AUGUCGUCUGUUUGGAAAGAAAUUCUGGAUGAGUUUGAUCUCUGGAUGUCAGAUGGAUGUGCCUUCAAGAAAUAUGGCAUUUUGGUUGCUGAGAAUAUUCUGCCUUUGAAAGAUGGUUGGUUUUCUUGCUCGGUGAUUGCCCCUGAGGGUAUCAGCAGUUCUUGCAUUGCCAGAGAUUUCAUGCGGUUUCAUGAUGACAGGCCUUCUCAUGAGGCCACCAUGAUUUGGAAUGUUGAAUGGUCGCAGCCCUUGCCUGAAGUGAAGUACAUGAUUUGCGGUGUUGAUGUCUGCCCGGAUAACAUCCUUGCAGAUUUUGAGGUUCCGAAAAGUGCCAUUCCAUUGCCCUUGCUCCAAGCAAGUGUCAUGCCAGUGAACGUGAUUGAGCUUUUUUCAGGGGGUUUGGGAGGUUGGAAAACUGCAUGUAACUUCCUGCAUGAACAUGAGAAUGUUGCUUUCAAAGUGCUUGCCGUUGAAAUUGAUAUCGAAGCAGCCUUCACGUAUGCAGUGAGCCAUUCAGUUCCUUUGAUCAGUGGAAAAACGCACCUGGACCCAGCAUUGGCACAGCAGCACUCACACCUUGUGGUGCAUGCAGAUGUAGCUGGAGAUACUUGGUUGAGUCUUGGUAGUGCUUGGUGCCCAGACAUUGUUGCGAUUUCCUCACCAUGCCCGCCUUGGAGUUCAGCAGGUUCAUCCUCAGGUCUCUACUCAGAAGAAGGCCAAUUGUUGAUCCGAUCGAUUGCAAUCUGCAAGUUGCUCCGUCCACGGGCAAUAGCACUUGAGCAGGUAAGUGCUUUUGCGUCACAUGAGCACUUUCACUACGUGGUGCAAACCUUGAGAUGGGCUGGUUACCAAUUAUACCAUGCUCAGGUCUUGGAUGCAUCCGACAUUCUUCCCAUUGCCAGGUCCAGAUGGCUUGCCAUUGCUUUGAGAGUGAAUGAUGAUGGAGUGAGCCACAUGCCUUUCCAGGGUUGGUACCCAGUUGAAGCUCAAGUGCCCAACACAUGGGAUGUCAUUUUGCAAGAACAGUUUUUGCAUGAUGCACGUCUAUACCCGAAGUCCGAUGUCCUGUCCUUGUCUGCCAGACAUGACCUUUUGCCUCCUGCGAAGCGCAGGGUAGUGUCCAAAGAACAUGUGCUUGCUUCCAGAUGCUAUGACGGAACAAUCAAGAUCCCGACAUUGAUGGCAUCAUAUGGGUCCCAACAUUGUUUGUCCGACGCAUGGCUCAGUGAGAAGGGAUUGAUGAAUCAUUUCUUCCGCCAAGUUGGAAAAAAUCCAAGAUACUGGCACCCAGUUGAAUUGUGGCUGAUGCAUGGGGCUCAUGGACAGCAGUUUUUCAUGAAAGAUUGGGUCAAGGCGUACAGGCAUGUCGGUAAUCAGAUUUGCACUCCUCAUGCCCUGUUGAUUAUCACGAACAUUCUCAACUGCUUGGAUAAAGUGCCACAAGGUUUUGAUGCAUCAGAGGUCAUCCAGGACUUCAUUUCCAGCAGGAACAAGGCAUCCGAAAUUGCUGUCACUGAAACACAGGCAGGUUUCCUUGCACACAACGCACACAAGAUCCUUUCCGACGAACAGAAAAGACACAUUGAGAACUUCCAGUCUGGUUUGUAUGAUGGAACGAUCCCACACGACGUGUUUUGGAAUUUGAACGGAUUCCAAUCUUGCAAUGCCAUCAUACUGGACGACACAGUGGAUCUUGCCCUGACUGCACCCAUGCCAAUUUUUGAGAAGGUCACCAUUUGCACCGCUGGAUUGACAUUCGAAGUUUUCAUCCAAGAUGGAAUUCCCUGCGAAAUGGCCUUGCAGCUUUGGGAUCAUGCCUUCCAAGACUUAGAGUGCUUCGAAAAACAAGAUGCAGUUGCAAAAGUUUGGGUGCCCACUGACAAUUGGCAAGAGUCACAUGAUGCCACUCCGAACUUGUGGGUCGUCAUACAUGAAAAAUGCUUGUACGUUGCAAAGCCAUCAGAAGAAACAGUGUCAUGGUUUCUGGAAAAGGGAAACGGGAUCUACGUUGACACACUUGGCAACCCCAUGAAUUUGCCAGGUUUUGCUGGAGCUCUCACCACUGCAGGAUUUAGCCUGAAGUCAAUGCCCUUUGUGCCAUGCAACAUUGCACGCUUUGUGCUUGCCAAUCAAUUCUGCAGUAUGCAAGUGAUCAAUGAACAGCACAAGUUCCAAGUCACUGCAAUCAUCCAGGGACCAUGGGAACAUCGUGUCAUUGUGGCCGAAUUCUGGGCGAACCUUUUCUCAAAGAAUGCACUUGAUGCCAUUGGUGUGUCCCUCACAUGCAAUCACCAGAGCAACUGCACAGCAUUGAUUUGGACAGUCCAAGAUGCCAGAUGCCCAUUGCCGGUGCAAUCCCUUUUGAUUGCCAUGUUUUCCAAAGCUGGAUACUGCCUUUUCUCCAAAUUGCAGGACUUGACAGGGCGCCACAUCAGAAUCAAAGUCUUUGGUAACGUGAUUUGGGAAGGUAAAUUGCCGAUCAAGUUUUCAGUUGCCACUUUGAAGCAAUGUUUGCACGCCAUCACAUGUCUUGUGUCAGGGAACUUGCAGUACCGAAUGAUUCAAGGGGGUAAGCAACCUGCGCCAGAGUCCACGAUUGAACAACUUGCCCAAGACAAUCCUUCCAGCAGGCUGACAUGUCACUUUGUUCUGCAGAUGAAUGGAGGGGGUUCCGAAAAUGGAACAAAGGCAGGUCACAGGACUCAGAUCAAAAAUGCCAUUGCAGGUGUUCUCUUGGAAGAAGGAUAUGACCUUGCAUGGACCUCGAAGUCCGUAGACCAGAUGAUGACGAAAAUUGGCACCAAAGAACUUUCCAAGUUUCUGCAAGUUGAGACCUCCAAGAAAGUUUUUGCAGCCAUGGAUUUCUUGCGUAGCUGUGACAUAGACAUUCCGAAGAUCAACACGGCAAAAUCUUCCCAAGUUGCAGCCAAUGCCAAGAAGAAGAGAUUCACUUCCAUGCCAGAUCCUGCCAAUUACACAGUCUUGGAUGGUGUUUUGGUGAAUGAAAACGAUUCCCCUUGUGCUCACAUUCCCAAGUUUGGGGGUCAUCAGCAGGGAUAUCAUUUGUGCACGCCAGCAGUGGCUUUGCCAUGGUUGCGUCAAGGAGACAUCCUAUCCAGGGACGAGUUGGCACUUUUGAUUUUUGGGGAUUUGCCAGUUACCACAAGAUUGGCCCAUGAACAUGUCACUGUACCUUGCCAAGAUGAAAAAGGCCGCCAGGUCUUAGUCGCCGGAGUGUUGGUUCAAUGUGGUGACAAAAAGGUCAAGAUUGUACAAGGUGACGGUUACAAGGUGGACACCGAUGGAACCAUCCUUGCAGCAGUCACUUGGAGAAAAAGUGAUUGGCCACAACAAUGGACCGAGAUCUGUGCAAACCCAUACAAAUUCCUGAAGAGCUUCCCUGGAGUGUCCGAUCUUUUGGUUUCUGUUUGGGGUAAAGCCUAUAGACAGGGCAAAGCACAGGCCACUGCCAACAAUGCCAACUCCGUACAAGUGCACUGUCUUUUCAAGGAAGAUAAGUUUGCCGCUUUCCUCAAAUUAUCCGGAUUUAACAUGCUCUGGUUAUCUCCCAAGACGAAGGAGGGUAAGCCACAUCCGGCAUGGCGCAUUCUUUGGCUUGAUUCCAAUUUGGACAUGCAGGCUGCCACUGCAUUGGCAGCAAAAAUCCAUGACAGUGCAGGGCUUGUGUGCCUAUCUGAAAGGUAUGCCAUCCGAGUGCCAAAGAACAGUUAUGCAGAGGCAUGGGCAAUCAUAUACCCAUCAAUCCCAGUGCCAUUGGAAAUGGAUACGUCCAGAAUUUUCAAACUUGAGAGUCUCCCUUUUGGAGUUACAUCCACUAUGCUUACAGCAUGGGCAGAACACAUCAGUUGGCCAUUGAAGCCCUUGAGGGCAGUAGGUCCGAGAGCAUGGCUGAUAGGAACGGGACAGGAUCCCCCAUCCACGCAGCUUCAUUUCAACAGCUCCCCGAUUCUUGCCAGAGAAUUGAACAGCAAGCCGCAGGCCUUCAAUAAUCCAAUUGUGGCUGGCCCGCGACCUUCCAAGCCAAGUCAUGCAGCUGCGAAUCAGGACAACUACCAACUGAUCGGGGACCCCUGGGCAAACUGGACAGGUCCCAGACCAACUGCACCAGCGGCGCCCAUUGCAGCUUCUACUACGAUUGGCCCAACAGAGCAGCAAUUUGCCCAGCAAGCUGACCGGUUGAACAAACUGGAGACAGCCAUGCAAGAAAUGCAAACAGGUCAGAAGAAGCAAGAGAUUGUGAUGGAAAAGAUCCAGAAGGAGCAGGUCAAUCGAGAUCAAGAGGUGCGUCAACAAAUUGAUGACAAAUUUGCCGCCAUGAAACAUGAGAUUGACAAGACGUUCCAGAACGCUCUGAACAUGCAAGCAUCUCAGUUCAAUGCCAACAUGGAGGAGAUCAAAGGUCUUCUCAGGGAAAGGCCGAAAAGGAAGUCCAAGACAGAAGGAAUGCAGUUGUUGAAGCGAUCCAGUCCAGUCUUCUUCGCCCAGCCGGGUGUUGGCUAUGUCUUGGAAGAAACAUGGUUGGCCACGCACAGUCCCGUCAUGUUCCAGCUGUCUUUGCCGGGUCCUGUCUUGUUUGCCAAACACAUCCGUUUUCCCAAGUCUUUUGUCGAACUUGACAUUGCUGACCAGCACUGGGAUAACAUGGUUGACGUUUCGGGGGCCUUGCAAAAUGCUAGCAGCAUCCAAGAAUGGGGAGAAGCAGUUGAAAGCAACAUCGACAAAUACCUGCGUCAAGGGGUGGGUUCAGUUCUUCAGUUUACAAAGUAUCAUCUUGAAAUUUCUUUGAAAGAAGAUGCAAAAAUUCAGAAGAAUAAGCUUGAAUAUCUUAGAUUCCUGGAUGCCGCCAACCAUAACAAAGCAGCUUAUGCCACGGUGAGGGGCCCCGGCAUGCCCCGUGUCCAUGAAAUUGGGCGGGUUCAAACUUGUGAAGCCAUUGCAGUGCCAAGUGACGAUGGUCACGAACACUCCCUCUAUAUGGACUCAAUCGAAACGGAAAAAUUCUCCAUGGACUUCCCUUUGGCCAUAGGUACUGACAAGAUCAGCGCUCAAGAGUUGAAACUUUUGCCUUGGUGUUACUUGGAAAAAUUGGCAGUAAUCAUGUCAAGCUAUCCACAGGGUUUCCCAGCCAGUUUCAUGCAUGGCCUGAUAUGCCCUUUAUCCAAGACCGAUGAAAUCCCAGAAGCAAAACAGACUCGUCCCAUCACAUUGUUGCCACAACUUUACAGGCUCUGGGCAGCAGUUAUGACUGCGGAGAUCACAAAAGUUUUGUGCACUUGGAUUCCAAAUGACAUCACUGGUCUCUUGCCAAGGCGUGGGGCCGCCAAUGCAGCCUACUUUUCCCAGUUUCAUAUCGAAAAAGCACGGAGGUACCAUAAGAGCAUCUCAGGUUUGACUUUGGACAUCAUUAAGUGCUUUAACUGUAUUCGCUGGGACUUCGGCUUUCAUGCGUUGCUUGCCCUAGGGGUGCCCAGGCAACUUUUGGUCGUUUGGAUGGCUUCAAUCCAAGCCCUCACUCGCCACUGGCUCCUGAACAAUCAAGUCAUCACUGCAGGCACUUUGCAGCAAGUAUGCGGCCCUGCAUCAGCCCUUGCGUUCAUGCUGAGCCAACUGUGCUUAAUGGAUUUGCUGACUCCAAACGAUGGAUGCUCAUCAGAGAGAUCUCAGGAGGAAGUGGCAAAGGGAACUUGGCAGUUUAGAGUCGAUAAGGCAAAGCUGGCCAUGAAAAGGGUCAGAGCCAAACGGCUCCUUU